ACCGCGCGCUCCACUGUACCUACAGUGUGACAUAUGACGUGCACGAAAAAGUCGAGCUAAAGAAGAGAGAAGCAAAAAACCAUCAAGUGUACGGUGAACGAAGAAAAAAAAUUGUUGAGCAAUAAAAACUGAUUUAGUUCUUAACAUUUGACAAAAGUAUUUAAUGUCAGUUCGGUUAGUCCGGUGGUCACUUGCGUCUUUUCAGUUGUUCAACAAAAUUUUUUCCGAGUUCAUUUAACAAACUCGGCCUUCAUUCUGCCGUAAGUGUAGUUCAAAAUUGGAAAUUGUGUGCGAAAACAAACAAGAAAUACUGAAAUGGCUGUUAGUCCAGUAAUUCUUCAGGCAACAUCAAAACAUACAGCAUCGAUUAUCUUCUUGCAUGGGCUCGGUGAUACGGGUCAUGGCUGGGCACAAGCAAUGGCCCAAAUUCGGCCAGCAUACAUGAAGGUCAUUUGUCCAACAGCACCAACGAUGCCGGUUACACUGAACGCUGGUUUUGAAAUGCCAUCAUGGUUUGAUUUAAAAACACUUGACAUGUAUGGACCCGAAGAUGAGGUUGGCAUCAAAAAGGCGACCACAAACAUUCAAACAAUGAUUCAAUCGGAAAUUUCAGCAGGCAUACCACCCAAUCGAAUCAUUAUUGGUGGAUUUUCACAAGGAGGUGCACUAGCAUUACAUACAGGCCUAACAUCAACACAAGCUCUUGGAGGCAUUGUUGCCUUAUCCUGUUGGCUCCCAUUACACAAGAGUUUUCCAGAUGCACGAAAAACCGCCGAUACGGUGCCGAUCUUCCAAUGUCACGGCGAAGUCGAUCCCGUUGUACCAUACAAAUUUGGCCAAUUGUCACACUAUAGCUUGAAAACAUUUAUGAAAAAUGCUCAAUUUUCAUCAUAUCCAGGAUUGUCACAUUCAUCGUCACAGCAGGAAAUGGACGAUAUUAAGGAUUUUAUCGAGAAACACGUUCCACCACAGUAGAAUGUGUAAGUGAAAUGCUGCCAAAUACUACGAUUGGAUUAUUACAAUUACUAUUAUUUUACCUGAUUUGUAGUCAUUUUGAUCAACAACACAAGGCAAUUUGUUCAAAAGUUACUCAGUUCAUGGUCUUUUCAGCACAUUUUCCAAAUAAAUUUCAACACAAAAACAGAUAAAAAAAAAAUAAAAUAAAAAAAAACACACACAACUAUUUUUGGGGUUGCGGCGAUUUUGAUUUUUAAAAAUCAAUCUAUUAUUGAAAUGAAUAUGCAUUUUGCCAUCAGCCAAAUAAAAUACUUUCGGCCAAAUAUUUUUCAUGAAGAAACAAUGCCCAGUAAAUGUUUCAUGUAGAAAGAGAAAAAAUUAACAAACAAAAAAUCAAGUUGAAAAGAUGUUGAAUUGGAAAACAUUCUAGGCAGUGGCUUUAGAUCAAUUUCAUUGAGACAAUAUUAUAUAUCAAAGAAAGUAGUUUAUUGUGCAACAAACCAAGAAAUUAAUGUCAACUUCACCGUUUAAAUCACAACUCUUAUUCCCACUGCAAUGCAUUCAAAUCUCCAUAGGAUUUAUUUAUUUAUGGAACACAAAUGGAACCAUGUACAAAUCUGACAGGUGUCGACUGAACUAAUGUGCUCCGCAUGCUUGAAUGUCAUUUGAUGUGCAGGUUACAUACCACCGCGUGUGUAAAUGUGUCGCAAUACAAAUUAUUUAUUACCAUUAUUUAGUUCCAUCGACAUCCUGCCACAUUAGCGUGUCUUCAAAUUAGUCGUAUAUAACUCAACAAAAAAACACCUAACACUGCACAUGAAAACUAAUCACUGGAAUUUUUUUUUUCAAUAUUAGGACAAAAAAAAAAUUACAAAAGAAAAAGAAUUAUUUUGCUGUAAAAAAAACCAUGAAUUCAGAUUAGCUGGUUUUCCUCUCUGUAAAUUUACCAUUGUCAAUGAAUAAGAAAAUAAUAAAUUAAAAAAAAAAAGUAAAAAAAAACAA